UCCGGAAGUGUAGAAACUCGAUAGUAUAAAAACCGAAGCAGAAGUGUGAAAGACUAUCCCGGUUUGGCGAUAUAUAUUUUUCUAUAAAUUUUAUUUUCUCAUACCCACUGUUUCUCGUUCAGGGUCCCUGCCUCUCCGUCGAGCUUUCCAGUAAUGUCACGCUUCCGUGGGUAAUUUUAUAUAGCGGUCCUUAAACUUGUGGUUCAAGCGAGUUACUAGUCCUUUCGAAAGUUUCUUUAAGGUUUUGGUUUGCUAGAGCUCUGGUAUACUCGAUAUUCUUUGAAUAUGAAGUUGGUCUCCUAAAUUCGUCGAAAUAAAGUGUUUCUCUUCAGUGUUGUUGGAGAUUGAAAAAUGAGUAGAAGGUGAAAACUGCCUCAUGUAACCAGAUAUUUAGAUAUACAUGCCAACAAUUUGAUCUCAGUGACUUAGAGUCUUAGCUGUAGUCGGGAGUGCAUGUGCUAUUUGGAGAGAUGUGGUUGGACUGCAUUCAGCUGAAAUGAAGACUAUGCAGAGCACAAAAGAAAUUCAAUCCUCAACCCAAGUUUCACAGGAGUCCCAAGGUGAACAACCAGACAACCAUGCAACUGAGGCUCCUGUCACAGAUUCAGGUUCAGUCUCUACUUCGAGCAAUGAUGGCAAAAAAGUUUCACGCCAAGAUAUUGAACUUGUCCAGAAUCUAAUAGAGCGAUGUCUGCAAUUAUAUAUGAAUAGAGAUGAGGUGGUUAAAACCCUCUUGACUCGCGCAAGGAUAGAUCCUGGAUUUACAACUCUGGUAUGGCAAAAGUUGGAAGAAGAAAAUGCAGACUUUUUCAGGGCAUAUUAUAUACGGCUAAAAUUGAAAAGACAAAUCAUACUGUUCAAUCAUCUACUUGAGCAUCAGUAUCAUCUCAUGAAGUAUCCUGUAGCUCCAAAGGUUCCUUUGGCCCCCAUCCAGAAUGGGAUCCAUCCCAUACCUGUUAACAAUUUACCUAUGGGAUACCCCAUCCUACAGCAACCUCCAAUUCCAGCUGCAGGUCAACCUCAUGUCGAUCCGAUGGGCCAUGGAAUAUCGAGCUGUCAUGUGGUUAAUGGAGUCCCUGCUCCAAGCAACUUUCAUCACAUACAGAUGAAUUCUGGGAAUGAUAUGGUGAUGGAGAGUGGUGCUGCUGAUGUGGCUCCCAUUAUUCCGCCAAAUGGCACUAUGUCAGAGAUGCCUGUGAGUCCUACAUCAGUUGCAUCCAGUGGGCAUUUCCCCUUCACUGCACCAGAAAUUUCUGGAAUGGGGGUGGACUCUUCCGCACUUGAUACCACAUUUGCAUCUGAUGUGGCAAGUUCGGUAGGAUUACAACUUGCACCAGAUGGUGGGGCUGGAAAUUCCAGGGAUUCUCUCAGAUCACUGGAUCAGAUCCAGUGGAAUUUUAGUCUGUCGGAUCUAACAGCUGAUUUGUCAAAUUUGGGAGGUAAUUUAGGAGCCUUGGGAAAUUAUCCUGGUUCCCCCUUUUUGCCAUCAGAUUCAGAAAUUUUGCUUGAUUCGCCUGAGCAAGAGGAUAUAGUGGAGGAGUUCUUUGUUGAUUCUGUCCCCGGACCAUCAUCUUCACAAUCAGAUGAGGAGAACCCUAGAGAAAGGUGAGGCACAUCUGGUUUGCCUUAAAUUUAUUAGGAUAGGAUAACAUUUAAUCAAUAAAAUUAGAGUUUUUCUUUCAGUUAUUCAGCAUUUUGGCUUUUUAGUAAUGAAGUUGGACAAAUGAACAUCUUAGUUGUUUAGUCCGCAGCAACGUGCAGGUGGGAAAGUAAUCAUGCCAAUACAAGUUAUAAUGUUUCUUGUAAUAACCUUUUCAGAAACUUUUUUAUAUAGAAGGUUGGGGACUGUAGUGUCUGUAAUCUUUUAUUUGGCUACAUUGAUGUAAACUUUGCUAUUUCAAGUUACCAUUUCGCAUCUUGAACUUUACUUACCAACCGGGAAAUGGAUUGAAUUCUUGUACUCAAAAACCGUAUUUACUAUUGUUUGGAGGUGGGGAAGGUCUGAAUAAGUUAGUCCUUGGCUAUUUGCCUUUUUUA